ACACGCCUUUCUCGAGGGCAUCAUGCCGGGCACCAUCAAAAGCGAUUCUGGCGCAGACACUGCCUCGUGAUUUGCCGCAACUUAGGUCUAUCAGGAAUGGAAGCCGUACGACCUUAAACCUUUCUCCCCAAAUUCCUUUGUUCUUCAUCAACUUGAGAAGUUAGCAAUAAUAUCCAACCUAUCUUUCCCGCCUUCAUAGAAUAAGGUUGCAUGCAGCUGCAGCUACCGGUAUAUCGCUGAAGUACGUCCGUCCCAACGAAACGUCCAACAGCGAACGACCACAUGCUCCUCAGAAAAGAAGACAUCAUAUACACUCCCUUCUAUUGCGAAGAGAACGUAUACAACCUUGCACGGACGAUUGCCGAGAAGAACCCAGCAGAAAUCAAUUCGAUUUACGUCGUAUUUCUGUCAAACUCACAGCAGACAGUUCCAGUAUGGUUCAUGCGCCUGAAUGAGGAUCGGUCGGGAUAUCCAGUCAUCUGGGACUACCAUGUCUUCCUGGUCUACAAAACGACGUCAGGAUCCUACGUUUACGAUUUCGACACUACCUUGCCAUUCCCCACCCUUUUUGAAGCACAUUAUGAAGCGACAUUCGCGCCUGAAGUCGAGUUGCCGGAGCGGUUUCAUCGGCUCUUCCGAAUCAUUCCAGCCGUAGAGUAUCUGAAGCACUUCGCCAGCGAUCGAAGUCAUAUGUUCGUAACAGCUUACACGGAGGGACAUCGUCCAAUAGCUACAGAGGAAGGAGAGGUAGAGAUCACCCAUGCGGUAGCUGCAACACAUCAGCAUGUGUCACCUGAUGACCCCUCACGCUACAAACAGCCUCCACCACCGUAUCGUGCGAUCUUCACAAGCGAGCAUACGAACAAUCUGCAAAGCUACAUCGACAUGCAAGAGCACACAGGCGAAUUUGAUCCGCGCACCACUUCCCUAUCAGGAUCCUCCGCCUCCUUCAACUCUCGUAACAGAAAUCCCUUACUCGUCUCCCCGGACUUCUGAAUCUCCUCCAUCUCCGCUUUAUUCUUCCGCACAAUCCCUAGCAGUCGGUUGAUCUCCUCAUCCAGGUGGUUCUGAUUUUGCUCCACUGCUUCUUGCGCCUUGUCUCGUGGUAGCUUGAUGAA